UCCGCGCUCUCUCCUCCGCGCUCUCUCGCGCUCUCACCUGUCGCAUCAGCUCUGCAACAUACGACUCUCGACUCCUUCGUCUCUUCUCGCCACUCGCUGCUCUGUUGCAUCGUGCGCGGCGGACCGAGUCGCUCAAAUUUAUUGGUGGAUUAAAUUUCUCUCUGAAUGUGAAUUGCGUAGAAAUGCACAAGCGCACUCCGGGAGCAUGGCGACUUAAUUCCUUUAGAGUUUGAUUUUGGUCGUUCGUUGGUGUUACUUCGGUGAGGGUUUUUUUCAGUUCACUGCAUCUCAACUCCGGUGUAAUGAGAAUCGUAUUCAUUGUGCACAUCAGCAGCAUCAUCAGCAGCAGCAGCAGCAUCAACUGCGCCUCGGUGUUGGAGUCUGCGAAUAAGACAGGGCCCCGGUGAAGAAUCCGAUCCGCGGGACGCGUCCACCGCUAACGAGCCCCAACUUAGCGGAGCCGGGAGAAAUGCGCAGCUCCCAAACCGCACCACGCUCCGCGCGCCCGCUCUGAGCGCCGUCACCGAGGCAGCUGCGUCCCGCCGCUCGACGCUUGCGGACCGUGGCCGCACGCGCCACGGCCCCAGAAGAUGUGACGCGCCGACGGGCUCCAUCCGAAGCCGCGUCCCGAGCUGGAACCCCAUGCCAGCCUUGGGAUGCGUCUGAGUCCCGUGCGUUCAUCUUCAGCCCGUGACUCCGGCAAACCGAUCACAACCACCGGCGGCACAGGCGGCGGCAACAGCAUCAGCAUCAUCCGCAGCAGCCGCCGCCGGGGUUCGCCCGCGGCUCAAGGCUCCGCACGGCUCCAGCCAGAGUUGUCUCUUUCGCUCCGCCCGCGUGACCCGACGAGCGCUUGACUAUGCGUGUGCGGCUGCUUCCCUUGGCGUUCAUCCUUCUCAACGUCGGCGACUACAUGCAGGGCCAGCGGUUGCCGGUCAGGGCGCGGAGACAGACGCGCAUGGCGUGUCCCAAAGGCUGCCUCACAUGCUCCGAGCCCAACGGCUGCAUCAACUGCCUCCCGCGCUACUUCUUCUUCCUGGAGCGGCAGGGCAUGCACGAGAUGGGCAGCUGCCUGCCGUCCUGCCCCGCCGGCUACUUUGGGGUGCGGCGCCCCGACGGGAACGUCAGCGUGUGCCAGAGGUGCCGCCUCGAAAACUGCGACACCUGUUUUGCAAAGAACUUCUGCACCAAGUGCCGCGCGGGCUUCUACCUGCACAAGGGCAAGUGCCACAACGCCUGCCCGCGUGGCUUCAGCGCCGUCAACCAGGGCAUGGAGUGCACCAGCACCGAGGAGUCCCAUCAGCGGCACCCCACCCCGGCGCUGGCGGCGUGCGAGCUGGGGCCGUGGGGCGACUGGGGCCCGUGCCUGAAGAACGGCCGUCCGUGCGGCGCCAAGUGGGGCCAGGAGGCGCGCACUCGCUCCGGGUCCGACCCCGCGCAGCGCGCCGCCGCCGCCGCCGCCGCUGCGCCUGGCGGGGGGGACGCCUGCCAGGACAGCCGAGAGACGCGGCGCUGCCGGCUGAAGAAGCGGCACUGUCCCGACGAAAAAAGAAAAAAAGAACCGGGACAUCGGGAUGCCAAAAAUAAACCAAUUAAAAAAAAUCGGAAGAAGGACCGAGCAAAGCAACCACAGCGAGAAGCGCAGCCCACGGGCGCGAGCGGGCAGUGAGGGGGCGCGUGGGGCCGCACGGACAGGCACGGACUCGCGGUGCAUGCGUCACUGCUAAUGCUGGAAUUGUUAUUUAAGGCACUGUACAAUUUGCAUUGGGAAUGCCACUGGGAUGGAGAGUGAGAGCACAAAGGGAGCUUUUAUUAAACCCGUUUAUUUUAUUACAAUAACAUCGCUUCUGAUUGCACAGACUCGAGACUAAAUGCAGUGGAAUGAGCACGAAGAAAAAGCCGAGAAGACACAGUAGGGCAGUGUGCCAUGAGUAAAUAGCAGACAGAGGUCACGCACCUGAUCUGUCGGCACCUCGCAAUAACCGUGAGCAGCUUCUGCGAUGACUGAACACGACCGUCUUAGCAGAUCCAUGCACUCUGCAAAUGUGAAAUGGAACAAGUGAGGUCUACUGCUGUGGGACGCUGCCCAUUUCAUGAAUCGCUUGCGUGCCCGGUGUCUGCUUAAUGCCGCACGCUUGGCUGUGCGUGGUUUUUGUCCGGGACAGCACUUUGACUUCACUGUUAUUUGUCCAAGCGCAGCAGUCGAUGGAGAGAGCGAACAAGGGCACGAGCUGGCGCAGAAGUCCACUUCCGUGACGCCGUGUGGGACAAUGACUACCAUUGCCAAAUUGCUCGCAAAUAAGGAUUGUCAUAAUUCCCUUCCGGAAUGCCAGUGUGUAUCUUAAUUAAAUAUUGUGAACUCAAUAACCCGAGCAACACAUUUCGAUGACAGACGUCCGACAGAAAUCUGGAUCCGCUUGAUGGACCACAGAGAAUGCAUUCCUUGGGAAACGUUAUCAAGAGAUCACAGGCGGAGCGCACGUUCCCGGAUCAGACGUGCAGACAGACGCACACGCCCCUUGCUGCACCUGCUGCUGGUCCCAGACUCGCAGCGCAGCGAGGGGAGCGCGUGCGGAGGAGGGCUGAGCGAGAGCCAGCCACCAGAGUUCAAAUAAACCCUGCGGUCGCGUUGAUUUUUGCAAGAGAAUAAACAAUGUUAUUAUGUAAAGUAUAAAAAAAAAUGUACACUGCUAAUUACUAUUAUCACAAUGCAGAUUUAUUUUGAAGAGCAGUUUGUUUUUAGACGAGUUGUAUAUACAUACAGUACACCGCGCAGGUACGUACAGCUGCAGAGACCACGUAACUAAUGACGUUAACGUUUGGUCCCACGGAUUAAAACAAAUGUAUUUUACAGGAAAAACCAAAUGUGCAGGUUUUGGCUGAACCACCAAUUUAAGCUGCAACUCGUGGAUUGGAACUCCAAUUAACGUAUCUACCCUUGACACCAGUUUUGGUUGUUUUUCUGCCAAAAUUGGUAAAAAUCGGCUUCUUCCAAGACGUGAACAUGACUCAACGUUUUCUUCAAACUUCAGUCUUUGUACUUUCCCCAAAUUGCAAAUUCUUGCUGACAAUUUUACCCAAUCCAAAAGUAAAAUUAGGAAGUAAUUGCAAAGAACCCAUUGAUUGUUCAACGUGGAAAGAUUAUGGAGACACAAAAUUAAGCCCUAAUAAAUAGUAACGUCCCAUUUUAGUUACAAAUAGCAUUGUAACUGAUAUAUAAACUGUUGAGGAUGACAGAUGUAAUUUAUAUAAUACAUUUAUUAUUUGCCUAUCCGUAUUACCAACUUCAAAUCUGCUUUUUAAUAGUUUAAAAUAAUUGCCAAUGUGCCUUACUUUGACACCUGGCGCACAUUAUAACAUUGCAAAUAUUAUAUGCACCAUGUAAACACAAUACUGAGCAAACCUUUGCCUGAGCUCGCAGAAGGUAUACACUGGGCUACUUUUUAAACAAUUCUAGUUAAAUAUACGAGGGGAAUUUACAGGCAAGUAUUACCUGACCCAAGGUUCAUCAUCACAUUUUUGUAAACAGCUCUUGUAAAACAAAAGUGCAAUAA